GUCUAAACGGCACUGUGGCGCUGAAACUACAUAUCCCAAGAUUCUCGGCGCACUUUUGGGUUCUGGGAAACAUGGCGGCGUCCGAGCAGACGACAGAUGCAAACGUGAACGUCCCGGAGUACGAAUAUCCCGAUGUUAAUACAAAACCAUUUCAUAUAGGCUCUUUUAAAAAGGAGUGGCUGGGCAGACUGAAGCCAAGCGACUACUCGUAUGAGGAGGCGGAUGAGGACGCAUUUCUUGCUAACUUUGCCGAAGAGAUGGGGGUCGGUGCGGAAACCAUGGCUGAACUUAAGACUGUGUGCAGUGUUGAUUCGCUUCGAUGUCAUCCUGAAGAUCAGCAGCCUGACACAGAAGUUGUACCUCCAGAUCCCACAUUAAGAACACUAGUGCAAAGAAAGAAGAGGCAAGACCACAGAGCUUCUCUUAAAAAGAUUAAAAAGAACAGACAUGACCUCUAUGCAGAUGAACUGGAGCGCCUAACCAUUGGCAGGAAACCAGAAACGGUGACUGACAUGGUUCCCGAAGGAGAGAUCAUUCUAACCAUCAAUGUCUACUACCCAGCUGUGUUCGACAAAUUUAACUACAUCAGACCCCACAUGACUCUCCUGAUGACGGGUUCCCACAGCUUGGCAGAGCUCAGGGAUGCUGUUUGCUGCGUCAGUGACUUGCAAGUGUGUGGAGAGUUCAGCAACACGCCUGACGUAGCUCCAGAAUUCAUCAGCAAGGAUCAUUACAAGUCAGCUUUCUUCUUCUUUGAAGGAGUUUUCUACAAUGACAUGCGGUUUCCUGAGUGCCAGGACAUCAGCUCGACUACAAUUGAAUGGGCUAAGUCCCAUAACUUCCCAUCCUACAGCCAGGCCAAGAUGGAGGACACACUUUUGGAGGAUCUGAAAGUCAAAGUGGGAUUCCCGUAUCUCUACUGUCACCAGGGCGACUGCGAACAUCUGGUCAUCAUCACAGAUGUUAGACUGGCCCACAAGAACGACUGUCUAGACAAGAAUCUGUACCCACUGCUCACGCACAAGCACAGAGUCCUCACCCAGAAGUGUGCUGUCUGCCAUGUUUUCAUCGGAAGAUGGUAUACCACCAACGACCAGUUGGCUCCGAGUGACCCAUGUCUCUUCUGUGACAAAUGCUUUCGUAUGAUGCACUACGACGCUCAAGGCAAUAAACUGGGAGAAUUCUUGGCCUAUCCCUAUGUGGACCGGGGUGCCUUUAAUUAAUGGUUCUCAUGACUUAUUGCUGUAUAAUACAGUUACAUGGUUUAUAUUUCAGAAGGAAAUGGUCUGAUACUUGCAACGUCAUCAAAACUGUUUUUUUUUUUUUUUUUAGGGUUUGAUUUUCCUUUUUGAGCUAAACAGUAACAUUUACUGAUAAACAGUUCAGUUGACAGCAGCACGGUCAGUUUAAUGUUUAGCAUACUUGUGUGUGGGUUUGUCUUUUUUUUGUGUGUGUAAAGUUAUUGAUUUUUAAAUGCACAAAACAGCUUUUUGAUUGAUUGAAUUCAUUAAAAGUAACCGAGUUGUUAUGUUUGAUUGGUGGACAUUUAUACAGCUUGUUUAACUCAUUUUGAUGUACUUCAAAUCAAUGAGGGUGACACGGAACAGAAACUCGACCUUAGUGAGAUGACAAUUUUAAAAGGCUGUCUAUUUGUCACCUUUAUACUGUACUGUGCAAAAGUCUUGAGCCGCCCCCCUUUUCUUUCUCAUUUCUAUUUGGUAUUUUGUUUCCAGUUAGUCAAACUUUUUUAUUUUUCAAGUGGUCUUGAGCAAAGCUUUGUCCAGGCUUUCUGAAAGUGAUUCAGUGUUCUCUGGGCUAGUCGUUGUACAGACUAGACCCCCGCCCCCACCUGAGUAGUCUGCAUGAAGGAUUUGCACCUUUUCACAAUGGGGGGUUUUUUGCGUAAGUCCUAGUAAAUCAUUUUUGAGUAUGUGUACGUUGUGUAUGUGUAUUAUGUGUGAUGCAAUACGGCAGCGCUACUAAAGCAGUUAGUUAUGGCAUGGUAAUUUAUGGAAUAUGCUGUGAACUACAUAACUAGCCAAUUAAAGGCUAAAAGCAAAGUUGUCACCAAGUAAUUAGAAUACUGGUCAUAUUUUUGUGUAUUGCUGCAGCUUUUCAAGUAUUAACUUGGUGCGUUUGGCAACACCUAGGGGGGAAUAAUGGUAAUAUUAAGGCUGCCCGUUUAUUUAAGGGAGAGGAAGAAUACAUUAUAAUUGUACAUAAUAAUAUCAUAGAUGAUAGAUUAAAUAAAUAGAUUUUAGGUAGAUGCUUGUGCAUUCUUAGUCUUGAAUUUUACUGAAUAUGACAUCUCUAACAAGUUAAUUUGUUCACAUUUCCACAUCUUAAUUUUUAAGUGAAAUGUUUUUUUUUUUGAGUUUAUACACUAUAUGCAUAUAAGGUAACCUCCUUUUGCAUUAUUUUUGUGUGCUGCAUUUUUCUUUGUUUUAGCAAAAAGAGGAACAAAGGUAUUUAAAUCAACCUAGGAUGAUUUGUUUUAAUUUUCACAUGGCGUUACUGAGGUGAUGCAAAGUGAAACAUGCAUUCUUUUUUUUGCUAAUGUGCUGGAAAAGCUUGAAAAUGGACAUUGAAAGUGCUUAAAAAGUGCUUGAAUUUGAUGCUGAAAAAGGUGUCGUAAGUCCUUAGAAAACAGACAAAAACUCCAGCACAUACCUGAUACAGAACCCAAGUGAUGCAUCUGGAUUAAGGCUAAUCUAUUGUUCACUGAAACCAUCAGAAAUGGCCUCAGUGGAAAAGCAGCUGUCAAGAAGGCAUCCUUAAGAGAAAAAGGUAGAGGUAUGCUAAACUGCACAAUAACUGGACUGAAAUUCAGUGUCAUGUACGUAUCAUGUACGGAGGUACAUUGACGGAGGUAAGUCUUUCAGUAGGACAAUGAUCCCAAACACUGCUAAAGCAGUAAAAAACAUACCUGGACUGAAAAACAAUGGAAAACUAUCGGUCAUGGAUUGGCCUCCCCAGAGCCCAGACCUCAGAACUAUUCCUUAAGACUACUUAAAGAAAUUAGAUAAAUGCUUGCCUAAGAGAGUUCAGGCUUUGUUGAAGAAUAAAGGUAACUAAACCUAAACUAUUGACUUUAGGGUUGUUGGAAUUUUAAGAACUUUUUGCCUUAUAUCCUCCUGAGAACUGAGGAAAAAACAAUCUUCCCAUUGAACUUUUUUGUGAUUUCCCUUCUCUGGAGCUAAAGGAGUCCACCCAAACACAUGAGAUAUCAAUGGAACACCCUGUAUGUCCUCCAUUUAGUACAUCAGGACUUAGUAGGGUUGCUCAAAUAAGUCAACAAUGGGCUGGGAGGUCAGUUCCUUGAUCCUUAAUAUACAAAUUCUCAUGACCAUUGAUUAAAGCCCAGAUGAACAGAAUCAAUGUUUGGGGAUUCUCAGGAGGAUAUACUAUUCCUUCAUGUAUUUUUGUACACAUUUGAAUAAAUCACUGCAGUUUUGUCCCAUUUUUCUAGCAAAAAUAUUAAGAAAUGAAGGAUGGCUCAAGACUUUUACACAGUACUUCUAAGCUUUUGAUGAAGCCUUUUGGCUUUGAGUGACUCUUACAAACACAAACACAGUCAAACACAAUCAGCUAACACAUCCAUUGGUUUACCAAGAAAAAAAGCGCACAAUCCAAGUUCAACAUGUUUAUUUGAUUUUUCUUUUUUAAUGGCAGCAACAGAACAACAAUAACCGCUAUGGUUAAACAGGCAAAAAAAAAAAAAAUAUCUAAGAAAAAUCCA